UGGGAAGCCAGCCUCAUACAGCCUCGUGCAGCCUCGCCCGUUCACCCUCGCCAUCCUUCUUCCCCGCAUACCUAAUCUUGUUGCAUCCGCCGAGAACGAGCCCCAAGACCGCGUUUAGCCGCCUCCGCACUGCACCUCACGGCACGCCACGGCACAGCAAUCAACAAUCAACAAUUUAAACCUCGCCUUCAUUAAGUCUCUACAGUCUGACAGUUUCAGACACCGUACUAUCAAGUUGAGAAAGCGGUCGGAGGAAAACUGUCUCCUGAAAGGGGUGUUACGACGACCGCUUGCAUGAAUACCUAAUAGCUGUCCAUCCAAACACCAUGAAUCCGCUCGUAUCCCGCCUCCCUCAUUGCCUGCGGACGGGGAAUCGAAGCCGACCUUCACCUUCGUUACAGCUUAACACAUGCUGGGGCACUGGCAGCCGCACCUCCAAAUGCAAUAAUCGCACGUUCACCACCUCUCGCCGCCGCGCCGCCGACCAUGUGAGAAUAGUCGAAGUCGGGCCCAGAGACGGUCUGCAGAAUGAAAAGAGCUCGAUCCCACUGGACACCAAGCUGGAACUUGUUCGGCGGCUGGCGCAGACGGGCGUCACGCAUUUGGAGGCGGGGUCGUUUGUGCCGGCGAAAUGGGUGCCACAGAUGGCAUCAACAACCGAGAUCUUCGAGCGAUUACUCACCGACCCUCCACCAGCGCCUCACGGCAUCGCAUACAACUACCUCGUGCCGAACAUUCGAGGCAUGGAGAACAUGAUCAAGAUUCUCCAGGAGAAAAAGGGACAAACACAAACACAAGGUCCAACAUCAGGACUCAAUACGCCUCCGGAAUCACGGCCGUCCACCCCGUCGCCUUCUUCAGCCACGAACCCAGACGAACUGUCCUCGUCCUCCGAUACCAACACAAGCAGUACACAAAACUCGACCGAAAUCUCCCUAUUCGCCGCGGCCACCGAGACAUUCUCCCAAAAAAACACCAACUGCAGCAUCUCCGAGUCCUUGAACCGAUGCAGACCCAUUCUAGAUCUCGCCAAACAACACAACAUCCGCGUACGGGGAUACGUAUCCGUCGCACUGGGCUGUCCGUACGAAGGACCGGACGUGGAUCCUCACAAAGUCGCCGAAAUUACGGCAUCGUUGCUCGAAAUGGGAUGUGAUGAGGUCUCCGUCGCCGACACUACCGGCAUGGGCACCGCGCCCCGGACGCUCAAAUUGCUCGAAACACUAAAGGAUGCGGGGAUCCUGAGUGAGGAUCUGGCUUUGCAUUUCCACGACACUUAUGGUAUGGCUUUGGUGAAUACCGCCGUGGCACUGGAGCAUGGUAUUAGGAUUUUUGAUAGUUCCGUCGGUGGGUUGGGUGGGUGUCCUUAUUCGAAGGGCGCUACGGGGAAUGUCGCUACUGAGGAUCUGUUGCAUCUGCUGCAUAGUCUAGGCUGUGAAACGGGUGUCGAUAUGAUUAAAAUGGCGGAGAUUGGUCAGUGGAUCACUGAGAAGUUGGGAAGGCCUAAUGAUUCGAGGGCUGGAAAGGCUGUGCUGGCGAGGUUGAAAGAUGCCUCAUAGUGCUAGUAAGUCUGUAUAUAUAUGCAUCUGAGAAAUUCAAGGCUGUAUCAUAACAUCUCGAAAUAAAAUGAAAUAUAAAAUAACUCUUACGAACGUCGGA